UAGACUGUUUUCUUGUCAUGUUUUUUGUUCAGUAUUAAAUAUUGCAGGGAACUGGUUUGAAAUGAAUCGGUGUAAUAUGUCAGUUCGUCAUCACAUCUUUGGGAAGAACUUUACCUUAUAUUUGGGAUCUCUAUUGAAGAACUUCUAAGUCAUAGGACACAAUGGACAUGUUUAACCGCUUGAAGAGUGCAGUCACAAAUGUGCUUCCUGGAAUUCCUCUUGCCAGAGACUUUGAUGUAAACUCUCAAGUAGCCAGUGCCGGCCCCGGCCAGUUGUGGAAAGUAUACAGUGCUGUUAAGAAAACGACCAAACAGGAAUCCUCAGUGUUUGUAUUUGAAAAGAAAGCUUUGGAACGUUAUUCUCGACGUGACAGGGAGUUGAUUUUGGAAUCGCUGAAACGUGGUGUUCAACAACUGACAAAACUUAGACAUCCCAAGAUUCUGUCUGUCAUUCAUCCUUUUGAAGAGUCAAGAGAGAUGUUGUGUUUUGCUACAGAACCAGUGUUUUGUAGUCUGGCAAAUGCCUUUGGUAACCACGACAACAUUCCACAGCCAGUUCCUAAGAACCUGCAAAGUUACCAGCUCAACGAUGUUGAACUUAGACACGGUAUUCUUCAGGUUAUUGAAGGAUUGGCUUUCCUCCAUUCUGAUGCAAAAAUAAUGCACCACAACAUUUGUCCCGAGUCCAUAGUUUUGAGCAAAAGUGGAACGUGGAAACUGGCCGGCUUUGAUUUCUGUUUGUUGAAUGCAAACCAGGGAGAUCCAACUGCAGCACCAUUGUAUCGAUUUCAAGAAUGGAGCUCUGAAAUUCCUCCGCUAGCUCAGCCAAAUCUGAACUACCUGGCGCCGGAAUACGCUCUGACAAUGAUGUGUUGUACCGCCAGUGACAUGUACUCGGUAGGAGUUAUCAUGUAUGCUUCCUUCAACAAGGGCAAAACUCUGUUUGACUGCAAGGACCAGCUGUCUGUGUUCAAGAAGAAUGCAGAGGAGCUUCGUCAUUUGCGUCCGUCGUUACUGGGGAGCCUACCUGAGGAACUCCAACAGUAUGUAAAGCUCCUGUUCAACGUUGAGCCGUCUGUGAGACCUGACGCAGAACAGCUGGCUAAGAUUCCCUUUUUUGGAGAUGUGGGUACAAUGACACUGCAAUACUUAGACUCCCUCUUCCAGAGAGACAACCUAGAAAAAUCGAAAUUCUUCAAAGGUCUUCCGAAAAUAAUUGCAAAAUUGCCAAAGCGAGUUAACCAGCAGCGGAUUCUACCGUCAUUGUUUAAUGAAUGUGUCAACCCAGACAUGAUUCCGUUUGUACUUCCCUGCAUUCUGCUCGUAGGCGAGCAGGCAAACGAAAAGGAAUACGUCAAGCUGAUACUGCCAGGCAUAAUACCAAUGUUUAAAAUACAGGAGCCAAUACAGAUUUCAUUGUUAUUUCUGCAAAAUAUAAACCUGCUGUUGAGCAAGACCCCAGCACAAGACUGCAAGGCGUACAUACUUCCGAUGGUGUACCGGGCACUGGAUGUAGAAAACCCACAGAUACAGGAAUUGUGUUUAAAUAUCAUCCCAACGUUUGCCGACCUGGUUGAAUACAGCUCUCUGAAGAGUGCCAUCAUUCCACGAAUAAAGAAACUUUGCCAAAGGACAUCAGUGCUGACGGUCCGUGUGAACUGUCUUCUGUGCCUGGGCAAGAUGCUGGAACAGAUGGACAAGUGGUACGUGCUGGACGAGAUCAUUCCGUAUCUGGGUCAGAUUCCGUCGCGGGAACCAGCCGUCUUAAUGAGCAUUCUAGGUAUCUUGAAGGUGACCAUGUCGCAUCCCAAGCUGGGGAUUACCAAGGACAUCAUGGCUAACAAGGUCCUGCCGUUUCUUCUUCCACUGUGCAUCGACAACAACCUUAACUUGUCACAGUUCAAUGCUUACAUUGCCGUGGUGAAGGAGAUGGUUGCUAAGGUGGAGACAGAACACAGGAGUAAACUGGAACAGCUCGACCAAAUGAAACAAGAGCAGACUAAAUUGGAAAUUACCAAGAUAACCAUGGAUGAUCCAAGCCAACUGGUACCCGUUGCACAGCCAGACAGGCCGCAGUCAAUGAUGGACAAGUUUCUCAGUGGAUUUGGCAUUUCCAGUUCAAUGAGUUGUGCUGAUAACAAGGAAUCCACACGCAGAUCGAGUGGCGAUUUCACUGCUCCACAUAAUGACACGUUUGUCCCUCCUGGCUCAGCAAAGGUUUCCUUGACCCUGUCUGAGAAACAGCAGUUAGCAAAGCAGCAGGAGCAACAAGAGAACUUUAAGAAGAAGCAGCAGCUGACAGCGGCUCCCAUCAACAAGAAGACACCAACGGACAGGACUCCGGUCAAAGAUCUCACUUCGAGUCUGAUGAAUUCCAACCUCCAGAACAUGACCCGUCCCACCGCCACAACCAACUCCAGUCCCAUGGGAUCGAUGCACGGGUUCUCGCCGUCUGGCACUUUCUUCUCCGCAACUAGUUCCUCCUACCAGCACGCUCCGUCUGCAUUCAGUUCCCCUGGAUCUGGGGCCUACACCUCAGGAGGCAACCCGUCGGCCAGAUCUAUGGCAACAAGUAAAAGCGUAGACUUGUCCACAUUCGAUACCCUGCUGCCAUCCAUGAAAGGGGAAAAGAAAAGCUUGAGCCAGAUGUCGCAUGCAAAUACUGGAAUGAAUCGAGGCUUUUCUCCCAUUCAUGGCCAGACAGGUGGUGUUGGUGGUGCAGGGUUGGGGAUGACCGGUUACAUGGGGCAAGGGAUGAUGGGGAAUGUGGCUCAGCAAGGCAUGAUGGGUAUGAUGGGACAGCAGGGCAUGAUGGGAAUGAGUCCAGUGACAGGGUAUCAGGUGAAUGCUGGUGGUUUUGGCCAGCCUGGCAUGUUUGGGCCUCAGUCAGGACAGGUUCUACAUGGUGUUCCCGCUUCCAUGCAAACAAAUGUGAAUUCCGCUUUCAUGGCCGUUCCACAGACAAACGGUUCCAAGCAGACUUCAGGCUCACAGAAAAAUGAACUGGAUGACUUACUUGGAUAAUAAUUCUGUGAUCUAAUGUGUAGGAUGUGUUUAUAUUUUUAUUCUUUAAUAUAUAAUUAUUGCAUAAUUAUGUAUACAAUAAUUAUGUAUACUGGGUCUUAAUAUCUUAUAUACCACGUUCAUUACUUCUGUCAUAAUAAUUGUCCAAUAUGAUUCUCCAGUAAUCUUUGUUACAUACUUUGUUGUGAAGAAAAUUGAGGGGAGUUAUUAGUUGCUCCCUAACUUAUUAUUAUGGGGAGCCAUUCAACUUAUUAUGGGGAGCCAUUUAAGAUAUUACCAUGAUCAAUAUUGAUUAUCUGGGAAGUGCUGGGGAGCAAGAGUGCUAGCUUGCGUUUAUGACAAGAUCUGAUGUUAUAUUCAGAACAGCUGUUUUGUAGUUUAUGACAAGAUCUGAUGUUAUAUUCAGAACAGCUGUUUUGUAGUUUAUGACAAGAUCUGAUGUUAUAUUCAGAACAGCUGUUUUGUAGUUUAUGACAAGAUCUGAUGUUAUAUUCAGAACAGCUGUUUUGUAGUUUAUGACAAGAUCUGAUGUUAUAUUCAGAACAGCUGUUUUGUAGUUUAUUAUGUUUAUGACAAGAUCUGAUGUUAUAUUCAGAACAGCUGUUUUGUAGUUUAUGACAAGAUCUGAUGUUAUAUUCAGAACAGCUGUUUUGUAGUUUAUUACGUUUAUGACAAGAUCUGAUGUUAUAUUCAGAACAGCUGUUUUGUAGUUUAUUACGUUUAUGACAAGAUCUGAUGUUAUAUUCAGAACAGCUGUUUUGUAGUUUAUUACGUUUAUGACAAGAUCUGAUGUUAUAUUCAGAACAGCUGUUUUGUAGUUUAUGACAAGAUCUGAUGUUAUAUUCAGAACAGCUGUUUUGUAGUUUAUGACAAGAUCUGAUGUUAUAUUCAGAACAGCUGUUUUGUAGUUUAUGACAAGAUCUGAUGUUAUAUUCAGAACAGCUGUUUUGUAGUUUAUUACGUUUAUGACAAGAUCUGAUGUUAUAUUCAGAACAGCUGUUUUGUAGUUUAUGACAAGAUCUGAUGUUAUAUUCAGAACAGCUGUUUUGUAGUUUAUUACGUUUAUGACAAGAUCUGAUGUUAUAUUCAGAACAGCUGUUUUGUAGUUUAUUACAUACCUAUUCAGUCUUACUAUAGUGAUAAAGACAUUUUCAAACCGUGUGAUAAAUUUAUCUUUUAUCACACGUGUGAUCUGGGGCCUAAUUCACAAAAAACUCUUAGGCUCUGUUAG